UCUCUCUCUCUCUCACACAUACACACAUACAUACACACACACACUUACACACAGGCACACACUCAGCCCAGCGCUAGAUAAACCCACAGUCCUUUUUUAAGAGGGGAUAAUACAUCGCCAUGCAUGCGUCUCCCUCAAGCCUGGGCAGAAGACAAUAGCGGUAGGCACGUACCAGCAGCAUAAGCAGCAGCCAGACUUCCACCCCUCCACUCUCUCCCCCCCUCUCCCUCCCACCCACCCCUCUUCUGCUUGGCGAGGCGCCACCUUUUUGAACAGAAAAAUCCGUUUUGUAGAUGAGCUUUCCUCUGAAGACAGCCAACCAGAUCCCAGGCUGAGCUUGGACAAGCGUACUCCAGGUUAAGCUUGUGCAAUGUAAUUCUGGAGCCUGGAGCGGAGGAGACUGCAUUAACUGCAAAAAUCUUGCCACAGGAGGCCCUUGUGUGAUCAGCCCAAGAGAAUCAAGAAAGGCACCACAGUUCUUUGGGCUGCAUCUGCUGUCAAUUCCACCUUCGUCACCGGUGAUAGAGGUGUCUUCAUCCUGGAUCACUCAGUGAAGAAGAGAGAGGAAGAAGUGCCUCCACACAGAAAGGACAAACAGAAUCAGUGCUGCUGCGACUCUAUCUGCCUUGACUCAGUGUCUGCGGAGGUCUUGUAGCGGGUGCCAUUGAAUUAAAGGCUGCCCAGCGCGACCAUGAGUGCGAGCAAAAGGGAAGCCGUGGUGAUGAACCCGGUGGCCACCACCGCGCCCACCACCACCCCCAACGCCACUGAGGCCGCCGUGCCCAGCGGGGGCGGGGCCGGGACCGAGCCCAAGGACGAGGCCUUCUCCAAACUGAAGGACAAGUUCAUGAACGAGCUCAACAAGAUCCCCUUGCCGUCAUGGGCCAUCAUCGCCAUCGCCUUCGUGGCCGUCCUGCUCAUUCUCACCUGCUGCUUCUGCCUCUGCAAGAAGUGCAUCUUCAAGAAGAAGAACAAGAAGAAAGGCAAGGAGAAGGGCAAAAACGCCAUCAACAUGAAGGAUGUCAAGGAAGGAGCCAAAAUGGAGGCCUUGAAGGAUGAUGAUGAUGAUGCUGAGACAGGGCUGACGGAUGGGGAGAAAGAGGCCGAGCCCAAGGAGCAAGAGAAACUGGGCAAAUUACAGUUCUCCUUGGAUUACAAUUUCACUGAAAACCAGCUUAUCGUGGGGAUCAUCCAGGCGGCAGAGCUGCCAGCCAUGGACAUGGGCGGAACCUCUGACCCCUACGUCAAGGUCUACCUCCUGCCCGACAAGAAGAAGAAGUUUGAGACCAAGGUCCACAGGAAGACGCUCAACCCCAGCUUUAAUGAGCAGUUCAUCUUCAAGGUGCCGUACACUGAACUGGGAGGCAAGACCCUGGUGAUGACGGUGUACGACUUUGACCGCUUCUCCAAGCACGAUGCCAUCGGGGACGUGAAGGUGCCCAUGAACAAGGUGGACUUCAGUCACGUGACGGAGGAGUGGCGGGACCUGCAGAGCGCCGAGAAAGAGGAGCAAGAGAAGCUUGGUGACAUCUGCUUCUCCCUGCGGUACGUGCCUACCGCCGGCAAGCUGACCGUGGUCAUCCUGGAGGCCAAGAACCUGAAGAAGAUGGACGUGGGAGGCUUAUCAGAUCCAUACGUUAAAAUCCAUCUGAUGCAAAACGGGAAGAGGCUGAAGAAAAAGAAAACGACAAUCAAAAAGAACACACUGAACCCCUACUACAACGAGUCCUUCAGCUUCGAAGUGCCAUUCGAACAAAUCCAGAAAGUACAAAUUGUUGUGACUGUUCUGGACUAUGACAAGAUCGGCAAGAACGAUGCCAUCGGUAAGGUGUUUGUGGGGCUCAACAGCACAGGCACGGAGCUGCGGCAUUGGUCGGACAUGCUGGCCAAUCCGCGGAGACCCAUCGCCCAGUGGCACGUGUUGAAACCCGAGGAGGAAGUGGACGCCCUGCUUAGCGCCAAGAAAUAAAGGGAAGGCCUUUCAACACCUGCGUGUAGUGCUGUUUAGCCAGUAUGUGUACAUACCUCAGUGAUAUAUGGCUCCAUUCACUUCCAUCUCUCCACCCCCCUGCCCAAGCAAACCCAACCUCACCCCUUCGCAAAUUAUAAUGGUACUUACCAUUCCUGACCCCCCCCUGUUUUCAGAUUUGAGUUAUCAUUCCAGGUGGAGGCCCUCUUUCAUAUUCACCUCCACAGUCCCCUAAAGCCCAUGCCCCCCUCCCACCCCAGUGCCCCCUUCUUUUAAGCAAUAUGAUCUGUAUAGAUAGAGCAUGACUGAAAUUAUUGUACCACACAGUUGUAUAUAUCAGUAUGCAGACUAAAUGAUUUCUAGUUUAUGUGUUUGUAUGUUGUUUCGCGUUUCCUAAUCUGUGUAUAACUUGAUGUUUUUAAUAAGAUGUUCUAUUUUAAAUUAUGUAAAUGGAGCUAUAGGAAAGCUGAUAAUAUAUAUUACAGGAUUCAAAAUUCUAUCUUACUGCAUUCCAGAAAAACAAAAUUCCAACCUGCAAGAUGCUAGUGGAGGUAUACUCAUGUUGUAAAGGACGGUGUCAGCCUGUAUGUUUACUUAUUAAACCAUUGAAAAAUUAAAACCAAGAAAAAAAGAGGGACAAAAAAGAACUAGGCCAUUAACUAAUAUGGUUCCCUGGAAAUUACGCUGCUGAAAAUUAUAUAAGCACAUGGUUUCUUAUGACUUUUUAUACUUUUUUUUUUCCCCCAGUCGAGGACCUGAGAUUAGCUUUGAAGCCCAAUGUUCCAAAACCUUCUAUAUCAGUGCAAUGUAAUAUUGUUUGUUUGUUUUGGUACUGGUCUGGCAAAGCUUCACCUCAGUUACUUUUACAUGAUAUGGGUCCUCGUUCUAAGGCCACCUUAAAUGGUCUGUUUUUUUUGUUUGUUUUUUUAACUAGCUGGUCCUCUUGGACUCGUCUGUCUCUUCCUCCAACCCCCACAAUAAGUCCUCUGAACCAAGCUGUAGCCAUUGUGUCCUUCAAGCUUGAAUAACAGUAACUUGUUAAUGUCUUACUUCUGAUCGCCUUGUCAUUGGAUACUUAGUUUAGGGUGUGGAGUCGGGAUUGAAAAUGGGAGGAAGAGUUUCAACUGGCUUCAGGACUUAGUAUUUUUUAGAUACAAUUUGGAAUAUUUUUUGUAUCUGCAUGAUUUUUUUUCUAACAAUCUUUGCUAAAGGCUGGGAAGGAGGAAUUCUGCAUAUGAUGGGGAUUUUUAUACAAUUCUUUAGCCUUCAACCAAUGGGAAUCAAGAAAGGUAUACUGUACAAUUAGCUGAAAGAUAAGUAGUUUGUUGGGUAGAACAGUAUACUUUACAUAUGGAACAAGCUGACGUGAAUUAAAAACACUGCCAAUUUCAGGGAGGUAACAGAUACAUCCUGACCUUUACCCUCAUGCGUACUCCUUCCAGGAAACAGUUCCUGUUUUUCCUUUACUGGGAAUGAUGUCUCCAGUCAUGAUGGUAUCCUGAAUAGGAGAGGAAACUUUUUACUGCCUUCAAACAGUGACAAUACAGCUAGCCAUGUGUUACUGCCAGUUUGAUUUUUUUCCAUGGCUGCCAAUUUGCACUGUAGGUCCCGUGUCAGAGAUAGGCAUCGCACUAUUUUUCAAUGCUUGGGUUGCGAAGACUAUUGAGUUGCUUAUUAAUUAAUAAAUUAAUUAUUAAUCAAUAAAUGAUUGAUGCCGGGGUGAGUAUCCGGGAGACAAGUUUGUCAGUUAUGGAGAAUAUGUGAAAACGACAAUGCCACAGUUCUUAACUGAGACAAAUGUAGCUGGCCUUUUUUUGUUCAAAACGCAAAGGCUGUCAAAACAUACAACAGAAACCGUAGAAGUUAAUGGUCUGUAAAGGUAAUUAAAACAUGAAUCCAUGUGUCCUUUACUAUAGGUUAACAAGAGGAAUAAAAGAAAAAGUUUUGAUCAAUUUAAAAAAAAGUUUCUUACCUUUGAAGAACCUCUUGUGUGAACUCGAUGCUAGCUUCAGGAGGAGUUUCUAAGUGUUCUCAAUGUUAUGUAGUUAAUAGCACUAUUAUAAAGCUAUUUGUCAUUCCAUACGAGUCUAUAAGGAGAGCUUUGUGUAUCACUGUGACUGCCGUGUAUGCUUAGAAAUGUAGAUUUCUCAAUAGAUAGCGACCAGUUUAUUCUGUAGUGAUUAUUGUAGUAAUACUGCCAUUCCCUUUCUGCACUGCUAAGAGCAAGCAUAGCGCCGGCUGUUCCAACAUCUAUGGACCAAUCAGGAACUGAUGGGCUAUGCACGGCAAACAUGAGUUUUUGAACGAGAGUGGGUCAAUUCACACAGCAUUUUUGUUGAGCACUGUGCAAUAUUGUAUGUUCAUCCCAUAGUGUUAUGUGGGUGGUGUUGCCCGAGAAAGACGACUCCUGUCAUAUCUGGGUAUAUUCCUUUCCAGUUAAAUGGUUAGGACACAGCACACGUAGAUUCUGUGUAGGGUAGGUAGAGCUUAACACAACUGCCAUCCAUUACCCUUGGUUUAGUUUUCCCUCUCAGUUUCAAUUCUUUUUAACGAUCUUGCUCACAGGUCCCACACUGGAAUUUCAGGAAAUAGGAAAUGCGUUGGAUGUACCAAAACUUGACACAGAUGUGCACGCACACGCACACACUCACCUGUAUAUAUUUUUAUAUUUGUCCAAGUAAGAUUAUAAUUAUUGUAAUUAUACUGGGGAUGAAUACACUCAAUUAAAAUAAUUAUAAAACGUACUAAUGAUAUGACACUACUGCUUUAUUAAAUCCUGGUGUCAUCCAACCCUUCUAUUAUGACUUAGCGCGGACCUGAAUGUACUGGAUUCUGUUUUGUUUCAUACUUUUAUUGUGGGACCAGACAUAGUUGGCACUUUUUAAAAUGGUUGCAAUAAAUAGUUUUUUUUUUCCCAGAUCUUACUUUUUUUAAAUUCCCAAUUGUGAUCCAACCCAGAUAUAUCUGUUCUAGAACUAUUAGAUGUAGUCACAUUAGGCCACCUAAGUGUGUUCUCUUGUAACAAGGAACCUCAUAGUUCUAUUUUCUUUAAUAGAUGUAUAUUAUUUGAAUAUUCCUGAGCUAUGAAAAUGUUUGGGACAAAAAAAAAAACCCAAGAAUAAAAAAAAUGCAUAUAUUGCUAAUGUUAGGAUGAACUCCAUGGGAUAAAAAUGAUACAUUCAAAAAAAUUAGAGUAAAAAAAAAAAAAACAUAUAUAUAUAUAUAUAUAUAUAUAUAUAUAUAUAUAAGUUUAACUGAUUAAACAAAGCAUUGGAUCAGGUUAUGAAACAAGUCGCUGAAAUUUGCACAACCAACCAGACUUUCAAGCAACAAAUGAAAAAAGCCAUUACCUGCAAUGUGACGCGAUGCAACCUUUAUUGUCUCCCCACGCAAGCAUGCGUGCAACGCUGCAACGUCCUUUUCAAAAAAGUAAAAAAAUAAAAACUUUAAACUUGCUGUGUGACCAAUGAUAAUCAUUCCUCAACAAGAAAAGCCACACCUCCCUUUCAGACAAAGCUGUGUAAAGUAUUAGAAUCUGAUGCUGUAGAAAGAUCCUAGUUGCCUUUGUGUAUAUCAACUGCCUGCUUGAGUAUUUUUUGUGUGAAAAUUUUCUCUGUAAUCUUGUAAAAAUGUUUGGGGUGUUUUUCCUGCCAUAUCGCUCGUGCAGACAAGCGAGCCAACAGUUAUAUUGCUGUGUAUACCUUCAUUUUUGAUGAGGUGUUUUACGAUUUUGUUUCACUUUGUGUAGUGAUUCACUCUGUGGAGUUUUCUGAUUGUUGUUAUAUAACUUCAUAUACACAAAUGUUCAAUAAAAAGGGUUUUAUUUCCUGUU